UGAUAUAAUUAUUUCUUCUUGUAGAAAAAAUAAAGAUACCGAUAUGUCUACUCUGUUGACAGAAAAUAACUUCGAGUGUCGGGUGAGUUCUGUGCUAAAUAAGAACGUUCAAUCUUAUGGAAAAAUGUAUAUGUUUGAUAAUUGCAGUGAAACAUGUUGGAAUUCUAAUGCAGGAAGUCCACAGUGGGUUCUUAUUAACUUUGAAGAAGAAUGCAGUCUCUCCAGUUUUGAGGUAGAAUUCCAAGGUGGAUUCGCUGGAAAAAAUUGUCAUAUAGAGGCUGGUAAUGACAAAAAGGAACUAAUAGUUGUUGAAUCUUUUUCUCCCGAAGAUAAGAACAAGCUACAGCGAUUUAACUUAAAAAAUCAGGUCAGAGCCAAAGUUUUUAAAUUUGUAUUUAAUGAAAGCACUGAUUUCUUUGGCAGGAUCAUCAUAUACAAUUUGUCAUUGUACUCGUGAUAUCCAUUUUAAUGUCUUAAUUAUAAUUUUAUA